UGAAAAACCAUGCGAUGAAUGUCGCCCAGCGAUGAACGCCGGAGAGACCUGCGUUCCAAGCGCCGAUGAUUCGCGUCAAGACACCGCACAGGAGUCUUGGUACAACUCACACAGUUGGGUCACGUGGAAAGAGUGGGAAGACAAGUCAACCUGGAAAGACGACUGGCAGGAGCCUCCGAACCACACCUGGGAGGUCUUUGCAGACCUGGGUCUGGAACACUUGCUCUACGAUGCCAAGGAGCUGAGACGAGUUCUGAGCUGCGGCGAGUCCAAAGAUCUGCUGGAGGCGGCGGGCUUCGGGGAUGUCUUUGACCAUCCGUCCAAAAAACAGGAGCUCAAAUUGCAGCUGGAUCUGCUCAAAAGGGUACAGGAGCUUUUCCGAAAGCACGAUGUGCGCGCCAUGAUCCAGGAGCCCGACAUGUUGAUCGGCCUGGCAGAACGCUGUCAGGAUCUGCAAAAAAGCUUCGAGGAGUGUGGCUAUCCUCAAGGCUUCCUGCGCCACUACUCGCAGCUCAGAGAGGCUUUCAGGCAGCUCGGCUUGGAAGAUCUCCUGGACAAUGUGCAAGCCAUGAAGCACUUCCUUGCGAAUCACACAAAGCAGGAGGAGCUGGUGUAUUUGCGAGCAGCCGCUUCGAGAGUGGAUGAGGUGGAAGACCAGCUGAAACAACGAGAUGAGGAGGUGGCCAGAGUGAGGCAAGAGAACCAAGCCUUGCGAGAGAGGUUGGCAGCCUUUGAGGAUGUGAGCCAAAGCAUUCCUCCCACGCCACAACAGAGGUGGAUCCAGCUGCCAAUUCUGGAGUUGGACGGUAAGGACCGCGGCAAAGUGCUGGAAAGUCUGCGCUGCUGGGGCGCGGUACACCUGGCGCCCGGCUGGGACAAGGCCAAUGUGAGGCCAAACUGGCUCAACUGGCACACGCUGAUGAUGGAGGCCACGAGGCAACGGAAGAAGUUCCUCGCGCGCGAGUGCGUGCAGAACAAACAGCUGCGGUUCAGCUUGUCGGAAGACCUAUCGCGGACCAUGAUUGGGGAGGCCAAGUCGCACCAGCCGGAUCGAAGGGUGUCCUUUGGGAUCUCAGAUUCUGCGGUCCAGUCUCCCUUAGUCAAUUGGGAAGACUUGCAGUGGGCGGUGGAUGGCUUCCGGAAUCUCAAGGCAUCCCUCUGUGAAGUGGUGGAACGGGAACUCCGUGAUCUCUGUGCCCAGGACGGCGAUCGCGAGACCUUGGCCGUGAAGAUCGUCCAAGGAUGGGAGAACUGGGGGAAGAGCAAUCUUCGGCACUGUGUUUACCCAGAGAAUGGGACCUGCUCUGCACACACAGACUAUGGCUUGGUGACGCUGCAGUACUCGACAGGUCCAGGCUUACAGAUCUUGCGAGAUGACACCUGGCUGUCGCUGGACAGUCCCCGAGGUUGCGCCCUGCUAAUGGCGGGCGAUAGCUUGGAAAGGUUGACCAAUGGCAUGGUGAAGGCGGUCCAACACCGUGUGUGUAUGGCCGAUGAGGAGCGAUCAUCGACAUCUUUCCCGGAGAUGAAGUUUGACUGUCGAUCUUUAGAAGGUGCGCGGCAGUCUGGCCCUGAACGAAACGAGCGACAAUAUCACACAUCCUCUUUCUAGCGCCCAGCGCAGACACAUUGGUGGCACCGUUGCAGUGCCAGCUGCGGCAUGAUGGGACUGAUCUGGCAGCUGUGAGGUAUGGAGAUUGGCAUAGGGCCAAAGUGAACCUGGCCUUUGGGCCGUGCAUUGCCCAUGCCCAAAGAUAUUCAGCCUCUGGGCCGUGAGAGAUAGAUGCAAGGGCGGCUUUCCAGCAAGGAUCCCUAGGUGCUGUCCCAACAUUCUCAGACAAACCAUGAGCCUUUACUUCCUUGAGCCCUUUGCCCCUGCACGACAGAAUUGAUAGUACAGAUAUGUACAGAUCCGACCCGAUGAAAUCUUCCUUGCGGGCUACGAAGAAAUACACCGUCGAAGCCUUGGACAAAGAUCCUGAGAUGUCAAUGCCUACCUUUGAAGAAAUUGAAGGAACAAAAAAA